AAAAAGAUUCCAUGGAACAUCAGCAGUUGCGAUUGUCGGAAGUCGUCCGAAAGAUCUUCGGAAAUGCAAUGUAUUCUGUGCUCUGGUAAUUCAUUCGUAAAUAUUUAGCUACCCUUAUCGUGUAUUCAUUCGUGUGACUGUAUCGUAAUUUUCACAAUAAUCGAUCGUGCCGGGGAUUUUCAUUUCGGUGAAUGCUUAUCAUCGUCGGUGUUAUCAGUUACCGGCGUAUCAUGGAUGAUUAUUGUUAAUUUUUUUUUGGACGCUGAGGUGUUGGUUGAGUUACUGUCGGAUUCAAUUCGCUGUGGUGUGUCAAUGGUCGGUGUAUUGGGCAAGUUGGCAGAGGUGUAAUUGGUCAUUGUAGCAGGAUUACAACAAUGUGAUUGUUAUGGGACCGCAAGCAGACGGCCAAAAGGUCUGUCGUCGUGAUACUUGUCCAGGUACCGCAGGAUGCCAGUCAGUACCGAUCAUCGUCAAUCAAAACGUUGCAAACAUUGCGAAGAAGCGAAUCACGGUGACUCGGUAUACUGGAAUAUCCAGCUGGACCAGGAUUUGCUCAAUACGAUUAUUUCCGUUUAUCCAGAGUGGUUUAAGGGAUUGAAAGAGGGUAGUAAUAAUAUGGCCCAAGGAGGAGGUUCCUCUGCCGGUUCCUCUGCUACUUCCGUCGGCGGUAGUUCGUCGCAAACUGUGUUAUUUCCAAGAUCGCCACCUAAAGCUGAAGUGGACGAGUCUCCUUUGCAGAAAUCUAUGGAUCGUAAUAAAGAAUCUUUGAAAGUGAAGUUGAUGCUGCGGCGUCCUAUAAAUCAACUUGUUGCUCAAGGCAUCAUGCCACAAUUGAAAACCUCACCCACGAUACAUGAACAACGACAGAAGCUAGAAAGAGCGAAAAUGGGCGAUUUAUUGAAGGCGAAAAUCCAACAACGACCAGAUCGACAAGAACUCGUCAGACAGCACAUUUUAGAAGCGGAUGUAGGGCACGUUGAUCCGUCGUUGGCAGAACGACAAAGAAUGUUGAAAAAAUGUCGACUGGUGGAUUCUUUGAACGAUCAACUAUCUCAUCGGCCGGGUCCGUUGGAGCUCAUCAAAAAAAAUAUAUUACACACCGAAGAGCCCAUCGAAAGAGCAGUCAAAGAGGGUCACAUCGAGUUCAAAGCGACCAGCGAAGGGCAAAAAACCAAACCGGAGCAUCCGGAUCAUUACAUGACAAUCGAUGACGAUUCGCAAAGCUCCGAUGCUCAAUCGCCUCGCGACUCUAGCUCGACGUUUAACGGCGACAUGUCGCCUCCGUCGAGCCAUCAUUCUAUACAAGCCAUGAUUACCGAUGGCGGUAACGAACUGUUCCGGCAUACCGGAUCUGAUAUGUUGGAGACGGCUGCGGCUCAAGCCGGAAUUGUUACCGUGGUUGUCGCUCCAAACGCCAGCAUCCUUACGACUGCUCCGAGUCCUCUGUCUUUAGGUUCCUCUACUUCUAGUUUGUCUCCAUUAAGCUCUAUAGCCUCACCGUCAUCUGUAUCCUGCAGUAAUGGUGCCACAUUCGCAUGUUCCUCGCCAGCCUUCACUACCACUAUUUCCAGGCCCACGUUGCCCGUCCAUCAACAGCAACCGGCCCCUGGCAAAGAUAAGAAUAAAAAGAAAUCUAAAUCUAAAGUGCAACAGCAAAAAACUAGGACUAUUAAAUUUCACGAGUACAAGGGACCUCCGAGUGCUCAGAAAAAUAGCAAUAAUUCUAAUUCAUCUUCUAAUUCGAGUUCCAAUUCAAAUUCAGAAACGUCGUACGAUAUAUUAUUAAGACAACAACAGGUUAUCCUACAGUUACAAUUGGAGUGGCAACAAAAGCAUUCGCAAAUGGUUUCGCAGCAACAGAAAACAGCCGAACAAAAUCCAUCUUCGCCUUCGAUCAUAUCAUUGUCGUCGCCUUCGCCUUCAUUAUUAUCUCAACAAAUGAUGGAUCAGUCGACGUCUCCUCCUCCUCCUACCCCUCCUCCGCCGCCGCCGUUACCACCGCCUCCUCCGCCACCGAUGCCCUCGUGUAAUACAAAUGUGGCCAAACCGCUUAGAAAUUUGGAAGAUAUGAAAGUUAGUGACUUGAAAGCUGAACUGAAAAAACGAAAUUUGCGCGUAUCCGGACCUAAACCGCAUUUAAUUCAAAGGCUGAAGCCGUACGCUGAGAGUGCCACGAAUAACAAUCAUUCUAAUCAAAUUAACGUAUCAUCUUCCAAUAUUGCCAUUCCAUUUAAUGACGAUUCUAUUCCAGAUUCAAGUGUUCCGUCUCCGGCGCCGCAAAUAAAUCAGCCAUUAUCUAUAAGCAGUACAGAACCGGACCCGUUAUCGAAACCUAACUCGCCCCAGACCCAAAAUACCGAUACGUCGGUAAACAAAGUAACCUCUUCGGGCGAACAUAAUAUAAUAGUUGAACAAUCCGAUGAAGAUAUAAUUCGCGAACAACAAAGAAAAAUCGAAGAAUUACAAAGGCAAUUGCUGAAUUCGCAAUUAUUACUGCAGCAACAACGACAACAACAACAACAACUUCAACAGCAAGCCAGGUCAUCACAAACAUUCCAGCCACCGCAGGCGAUAAACGCGAAGGCAAAUUUGGCCGCAUUUAUACAGCAGCAGCAACUUAAUCAGCUGCUGGCCCAGCAACAGCAAAAGUUGCAGAAGCAAAUACAACAGCAACAGUUACAAAUUCAGCAAGCGGUCCUGAAUAGCAAUAAUUGCAGUAAUCAACUUAACAAUAAGAUUAAAACGAACGUUGCCAACAAUGUGAACGUCGUUAGAAAUAUAAAUAAUAAUAUUGUGAUAAAUAACGCCAAUAAUACCAAUCACAUUACCGGAAGGGAACGCAGUAAUACUGUUAUCCUAGGAGAACAUCCGGCUACCUUAGUACUUAACCAUGUCAAUAUUAAAUCCGCUGAUGGACACCAUCAAAGGACCACAUCGUUACCUAAUUUUGUCGGAACAUUCGUACAACCUCAUCAUUUAGUAUUAUCCAAUCAAGGAAUGAAGCAAUUAGUCUUCGAUUCCGAGUCUGUAAUUAUUCCCGAACAUAUUAAAAUUAAAAAUGGAUUCAUCAACGGAUCAGUUGUCGCUACCACCGAUUCGACAGUCACAUCGAGUAGCCCUAGCAAUGCUAUCGAAGUCGAUAUCAAACCAGAUGUCGAUACUUUGAACAAUACAGCUUCGCAAAUCGUUCUAGAUAACGAUAAUUACGUUACAUUACAUAUCGGCGAAGAUGAAGGCAUGACUGUUAACGAAAUUGAUGGUUUUAAUCAAAACGAAGAGAUCUCAAAAAUAUUCAAACAAGAAUACAACGUAAACGAAUCGGUGGACGACGUUUUAGACUUACUAAUGAAAAACGGCGAAUUCAAUCCUCCAGAAUCAGGUUCAUCAACCCCUAUCGCCGCAGCCUCCGUCACCGUCAACGUGAACGAUCAAUUUGCCGCAGCAAACACGACACCUCAACCAUCGAACGUUAACGUACCAAUGCCAGCGACCAGCAUCUCAUCGGAAACGACCUCCACCCCUAGCUCCAACAACGAAUCUAAUAGUAUGUUUUCAUCUAGCAGUAUCGACCAAAGCGUACCUUCGCAACAUUUAAGUCUAGAAGAGCUCGGUAUCGAUAUGGAAGCAUUCCCGAUGGAUUUGGGAGAAGAGCAUCAUGAUCCUCCGGCACAAACAUCCGAGCUAAUGGAUGUCGAUACCGAUUGGCUCGAUAGACUGAUAUCGUCCGAGUUAGAUCAUUCGACUCCUACAUCGUCGUCAGUCAGUGGUAAUUACGAGUCUUUGUUAAAUAACAAUAUCACCGAUCCUUUAGAUCUCUUCAAUAUCGAUGACAACGAUUUUAAAAUUGCUGCCGAAUUUAGCUGGGAUCGAGUCGAUUUUGCUACGUGAUGGUUUAUCUAAUCUAUUGAGGAUGCUUUUGCGCUUGCUUAGGCUAUUAUUAUUUUUUUUUCAAUUUGUCUUAUUUUGGGAUCUCUAUGUGAUUGAUGAAAGUUGUACGUUUGUUCAAGUAUUAAGUGUAGAUGUAAUACGGAGAUAUUUUAUUCAAUUUUUUUUUUCAUUAUGUAGUCAAUUACUUUUGAUAAGUUGUUUUUUUGUACGAUGUUUAUUUAUUUAUUAUUCUACCAGAGCCGUCGAUCGGUGUUCGAUGGUGUAUGUUUCGAUAAUGUCGUAACGCGAUCGAUUCUUGUUCUUCGUAUGUCACAUUCCCUUCUUCUCUCUGUAGAAUUUGUGUGCCAUUUUUUUUUGUGAUAGUAUUACGAGUACGAUUUUACCCCCCGUGUAGUGAUUCGCUAUCGGAGUGUGAAGGAAUGGUUCAUGCGGUUUUCUCGAAUGGCUAUUUAUAAUAUGUACCUAGUACCUACCCUCGAAGAGUGAAAAAACCCACAUAUCAUCUUCGCAGUUCAUACCGCGAAACUAUAGACGAAAAUUAAUCAACUCGAGCGUCUCGAAACGCUUCAUCUAUAAGUACUUACUCUUUUUUUUUCUUAUUGAAUUCAUUAAAAAUUAUCCGUUUGAUAAAACUUUUAACCUUUUUGAGCUACGUCACUGAAAGCUGACUUUUUCCCAAGUUUUAUGACCUGAAGUGACGCUUCAAAGAGAACUUGCUGAACGGUACCGUGUUUUACCUGGCUUUAAUCUUAAUUUGGCCAACUUCUUAUUCGUAUUGGCUGGUUCAACAGAAAGUAACUUAUAAAUUUCACGAGACAGGCAACUUUCACGCUCGUAUACCGACGAAAAAUUAAUUCCGAGUUGGUAAAGUUUUGAAUUUGGUUUUCCUAAGCUUAGAUGACCUAUAUAUAUAUAUUUUGUAAAAGAUUUCAUCAACCUUUUCUCCGCCAUAUAAUAACGAGUUUUUAAUAGAAAUUAGACGGUUCGCGGAGCGGUUUAAAGUAAACUUCAAAAAAAUAUAUCUUUAUUAAAUCUGAGGCAAAGGUGUUACGAAAAUUUGAUAUUUUCCCAUCCCCUUCCUUCAUCUGCAUUCGAGUCUUUUUUGGGAUCGUAAUUUUAAUCAAAAUAAUAAAAGGAAAAAUAAACCUAUUCUCGGUUUUUUCGUAACCUAGUUUUUUUUCUCUUUUAUGUAAGCUUUAUCCGCUAUUUUGAAUGUUAUUCAUUUAAUUUGAGAAAAAAUUACACUUUGAAUGUAAUUCAAUCGCCACUAAGUAUUUGUGUAUAAAACAGAAAAAAAUCUCGACACGUUUCAUUUUCAACAAUUUUUUCUUCUUUUUUUGAUACCUUAUCCGGUAACUUACUUCGUUAUUGUGUCACGUUUCUUUAAUUCGCCAUCGCCAAACGUGUCUUUAAUACUCGAAAAUUAAAUUCUGAAAUAUUAAAAAACAGAAUAAGUCGUUUCGUUUUGCGUAUAAAAUGAGAUUUAACGCGAGGAUCAGCAUUUUAAUUAAGUUUAUUGUGUUACCUUUGAUAGGUCGUUAUUUUAUUAAAUUUUUUACCAUUCGAGAAUUUAUUCGAGAGUACUUAGUACUACGUGUAGGUAACUCUACCCGCAGUUAAUGCGAGAGUUUUAUUUUUUUAAAUACGUACCUUUUGUGCCAUUUGAGAAAGCUACAUCGCAUCUGAAAUUUACCAUUACGUUUUCAUUCCAUUAAAGAUCUGAAAAAAUCGAUGUGUAUUUAAAUUGGCACCAUCGAUUUGUUGCGUUAGACAUUAAACGGAAAUAAUUUGUGAUAAUAGUCGAGAAAAAGUACGGCUCGAAUAAGCCACGUCGAAGGAAUAAACAAAGCUGGAAAAUUUCCUUCGGCGUUAUCGGUGCUUAUACCUUUUAUUGACAUUUAGAAUUAAUCGUUAUUUAGUUAAUUAUUCGCUAUAUUGUUGCUCAAAGAUAUUUCGACAAUAUUUUUAUUUAUUUAUUCAUUUUUUUUUUUUUUUUUUGUCUUGUAAACAUUCUGAUUUAUGUAAUUCUCUUGUCUUGUUUGUAUUUAAAUUGGAAAAUUCGACUGGUUAAACAAUUCCAUUGUGUAUCGAGGACCAUGAUGAUGAUGAUGAUGAUGAAAAAGUGUAAAAAAGCAUAACUAACCCGCAAUAAUCGAUUAUUUUUACGCGAAAUUUCCCCUCCUCCCUCUUCAUCCGUAUGUUUACAAUGUUCGAUAUUUUAAAAAUUAUUUAGAUUUUUCAAUUUUACACGCUCGUUUUAUGUACUACUAUGUCGUUUUCAUUAUUUUUUAUACAAUUUUUUUUUGAAAAUCACGCCGAGGUAAAUAUCCAACGGGGUUUGUAAAUUUUUCCAUUUUUUUUUUUCUUAUUCUUCUUUUGUAAAGAUAAUAAAAAGCAAAAGGUUAUUAUUAAGGAGAAAAAACAACUUCAUUGCCAUGUAUUUAUUUAAUGUUCUUUUCUCUCUCUUUUUCGCUAUCGAUAAUUCCAUAUUUUUUUGUGUUUAAUUAUGUAUCGUAAAUCAUUCUUUUGUUUUUUUUUCUCUUCUUCUCUAUAUUUCUUUCUCUCUAUUGUAAAUAUGUCUAAAUAAAAAAAACGUAAUAAUUUAUCAAUUUGUAUUGAAAAUAGAUUUUAAAAAUGAUAUUUUUUUUGUCUUGAUUGUAGCCUGUACGAAUUUCAGUGUUACUUAAGCGACGAGUUUUAUGCUUAAUUUAAAAGUUUUACAAUAAAAAGCAAUUGUGUUUUAAAA